AACAACAAUAAUAUUUAUCUUCAGAGGCGCUUGGUCGAAAAAUACAAACAUUGCCAACUAAUUUUCAAAAUGGUUUGUUUUGUUCUUUUUUGCUUGGCGGUGGCAUCGGUGUAUUCCAUCGUCGGCUGCUGUUCGUUUACGAUGCCGCUUGCGGAUUUUCUUCUACAAAAACGUCGCAGCGGUACCCAUUCGCAUUCUCCUGGUCAAAGUCCGUGGUGUUUGGUGCCUUCGCAAGCUUGUCUUGUUUCGGCGAGAGGGCAAGUUGCGAAUGUCGAUCGAUUAUGGACGACUGCCAUCGACGGGAGUGUUGACCGUGUCGACUUCGCUUCUACUGCUGGUGACGGCGUCGAUCUUAGUCCACGCGGUGAAAACUACGAAAAUGAAUUACACACUAGCUAUAACAGAAACAAUACCAACGGCAACGUCGGCCUUUACAUCCACAUCCCAUACUGUCGACAACGCUGUCGAUACUGUGACUUUGCUAUAGUGCCGAUAGGUUAUCACGGUGCUACGAAUACAAGUACAAGGUCCAAUAUGAUUGAUCUAGAAGCCAACCCAUCUAGUGCUGAUAACAAUAAAAAUGGCGGUCAACUCGAUCGACGAGAACAAGGAUUUCGAAAAAUGAAUGAUCGAUAUGUAUCGGCCAUCGUUGCCGAACUGAAACACAUCGCAGCCGAGUCGAACUACAAAACCAACAACAAUGAACAAGACGGAAUCCUCUGCCAAAAAAUACCACUGAGGUCGAUAUAUUUUGGAGGUGGAACUCCCAGCUUGGCACCGAUUGAUUCCAUUGAAAAGAUAUUAUAUCACGCCUGCGGAUCGGACAAUCCGGAUGCUCCGUUUCGUAUCGUGCAAAACGGCGGUGCCUGUACGGCUGCCGAAGCGACGGAAAUCACAAUGGAAAUGGACCCCGGAACCUUUGAUCAAAACUAUUUGUCUUCGCUGCGUGAUCUUGGAAUCAAUCGGAUUUCGUUGGGUGUUCAAAGCUUUGACGACGACUUGUUGGCUGCUAUGGGAAGAACACAUCGCAGGGCCGACGUCCUUCAAGCCGUUUGCGACAUUGCAUCUGUUUUCGGCGGCGCGGAUCAUGGCGCAAGCAAUACCACUGCUUAUGAUGACGUAAACUAUUCCAUUGAUUUAAUUUCGGGGUGCCCAGGACUCACACCGGCAAAAUGGGCUGAAACCUUGCAAGAGGCUACCGCCGGAGUACAAGCAAAAAAAAUUGAGUCUGCGACGACAGCAGAAGAAGAGGCGAACAUGGAGUUGGUAUCUUCAGAAAACUUCGAACAGAGUCAACUCCUAUUGUCUUCGUUGCCACCGCCAAGUCAUAUUUCGGUAUAUGACAUGCAAAUCGAGGAGGGAACUGUCUUUGGAAAGUGGGCAUCGAGAGCCAGAGCUGAUGCGGCGACCAAGGCAAAGGAAGAGGAGCAGACACAAACAUCUGACCAAGAAGGCAAAGAUGUCGACAAUGACGAUGAUGAUGACGAUCCCUCGAGAAAAUUUACCGUUGCUGUUCCAAUUGAUGGUCGGCAACAAAAUCCAAAUAAAGCAAAACGUAUCCUUCGCUUACCUACAGAAGAAGAGUGCGGCUUCAUGUACAAAUAUGCCGCAGGGUAUCUGAGAGCCAAAAACUACGAACACUACGAGGUGAGUUCGUAUGCUGCAAAUUGCGUCAGUAAAAAAGAACAAUCUAUUUACGAUGGGGACGAAGAUAGCAGCAAACAGAUUAUUCCGUCUUCUACGAGUAAACGAAGUCGACACAAUCAAAUAUAUUGGGAAUACGAUGGCCAGUGGCACGCUGUCGGACUGGGUGCGACUAGCUUUGUCGGGAAGAAACUAGUUGCUCGUCCGAGAGAGAUGAGUGAUUAUCUUGACUGGGUCUUCCAGCUCAAUGAUGAUUUCACCAAUAUAAAUGCCGAAGAUGACGGCGAUGGCGAAGAUUUUUUGUCCGAUCUUCUUUUGAAACGGUUGCGAACGAUCGAUGGACUCGAUUUAACAUGGUUGGAGUCUCAUUACGGAUCUGGGGUAGUAAAAGAUGUCAUUGAUGGGGCAGCUCUAGGUUUGGAACUUGGAUUGGCCGAACGAACGGAAGACAAUGUUCUUCGGCUCACGGAUCCGGAUGGGUAAGAACUAUUCAUUAUGCUGGUUCACCACGAGUCGAUUCAGGAAUUAUUUGUUUGGUUGUUUGUUUUAUCCUUUCUCUAUUUUCCUUUUCGACCAUUGAGCACUAAGAAAUGUCACUCUCACCAAAUCAUGCUUCUUUACUUCUUUCAUCGCUUCGCUUCUUCUCUCAGCUUGCUUUACUCGAACUUCAUCAUUUCUAGUAUUUUUGCAGAGCUAGGAUACGUUUGAAAUAACUCGAGACAUAAUAAAUUCAAUAUUUUUCA